AUGAGAGCACUGUGGAGCCACUUGAGUCUCAUUUCCAAUUACAAACUUCCUCCAAAAAUCACCAGAUUAUCCGCAGCGAAUAUGAUGACCUCAAAUCGAAAUCAACUACCAAUGAUCUCAACUGAAGAUCCAGAGCUCAGAGAUUUUGUAGGGUUCUUAGAAUCUCUCAAAAACUACGAGAAAUCAGGUGUGCCCAAAGGAGCUGGAACUGAUUCAAGUGAAGGGUUCGAUCUCGGUAGAAUGAAACGUCUCAUGCUUCGUCUCCACAAUCCUCAUCUCAAUUACAAGGUUGUUCAUGUGGCUGGAACAAAGGGAAAAGGUUCAACUUCUGCUUUUUUAUCUAAUGUCUUACGAGCUGGAGGUUAUUCAGUUGGUUGUUAUUCUAGCCCACAUAUUCUGAGUAUCAAAGAACGCAUUUCCUGUAAUGGAGAACCUGUCUCUGCAUCCACUCUCAAUGAUCUUUUCUAUUCAAUCAAACCCAUUAUCGAACAGUCUAUUCAAGAGGAAGAUGGUUCCUUGAGUCAUUUUGAGAUUCUCACUGGGAUAGCCUUUUCUUUGUUUGCAAAGGAAAACGUCGACAUUGCAGUUAUAGAGGCUGGGCUAGGAGGAGCUAGGGACGCUACAAAUGUCAUUGAAAGUACAAAUCUUGCUGCAUCAGUCAUAACAACCAUAGGUGAGGAACAUAUGGCUGCUCUUGGAGGUUCUUUGGAAAGUAUAGCAGAGGCCAAGUCUGGAAUUACUAAACAUGGUCGUCCAGUUAGGUGGUUUUAG